AUGGACUCCAAGGACAUGGGCUCAAUGGACUCGGCAUCGCCCGGCACUCCCUCGCCCGCGACACCUCUCACCGCAAGCGGCUCUUCCUCGAGGAGGCCGCCGCGCAAGAGCACUCUCACUCAACAACAAAAGAACCAGAAGAGACAACGCGCAACUCAGGAUCAGCUAAUCACCUUGGAAAUGGAGUUCAACAAGAACCCUACCCCCACCGCCGCUGUCCGCGAGAGAAUCGCCGAUGAGAUCAACAUGACUGAGAGAUCAGUGCAGAUUUGGUUCCAGAACAGACGUGCCAAGAUCAAGAACAUUGCGAGAAAGAGCAUCGAGAAUGGUGAAGACUGCGAGAGCAUCCCUGAGUCAAUGCGCCGCCAUCUUGCCAUGCAAGCGCUUGAGUCUGGCAAAGGCUUCUUCCCUAACAUGAUAGGCCCUGGCGGUAAUGGCUAUGCAUACACCCCUGGAACCAUGAGUCUCAACUCCGAUGCAACCAGCGGGAAANUCAUCCAGCACUUCGCAUGCCGCUCGCUUUCGAUUGGAUCAUGGCGCAGAGUUGGCCAGAGCCAGAUGGAUUUGAUCAUCUUCUACUCACCGGAGAAGGCUUGCGUCACAUACUACAUCAACAACGACUCGGCCGGCUACAAGAUCGAGUACCCCUUCGCUUGGAUCAAGAACAUCAAUCUUGUUCAGGGCGAGGUCACAAGUGCUGCAGAGGGCGCUUCGCAGAGACUAGGCGCGCUGGUGGUUGAGCUGGACCAACAGGCCAGCAAGGUCAUGGUUCACCAGCUUGGUGGCCCUUCCAAGGCUCUCAGCGGUCAACUUGCUAAGCUCGUGUCGCUCGACUCUUUCCAGAACCGUCACACAAUGCUCGACCCCACUCACUUUGCCAUGGCUGCUGCUUCGGCUCCUGUUUCGCCCGUCAAUUUCAGACCUGCAAGUCAGCCUAACCACUUGGUUCACCCUCACUCGGGCGUCUUCCAAGAUUCUGCCAUGGGUCUUAUGGGCCCUCCUGCUCCUCGUGGCCACAAGAGACAGCGCAGUCGUUCAGUUCCUGCUGCCAUCGACCUCUCGAUGCUGAGAAACAACCCUAUGCCUUCGUUCCUCAUCCAGCAUGAGCCCAACACACCUGCCCAGCCUCUGCAAGACAAUGCCAUCUUCGCUCCUCAACCUCAACAUCACCAUGGCUUCUCCGCAGGCAUGGGCCCCAACAACCUCAGCAUCGAUACUUCUGCUGGUUAUGGCAUGGACUUCAGACAAUUCGCCGGCCCAAUGUCCGCCACUACCCUUAAUUCUCCCAGCGAUUUCGGUACUCCUGGCUUCUUCAACCCCGGUCCUACAAGCGACAUGAUGGCUCACUCUAACCUCAAUACCCCUUACUCGAGCUCAUUCCUUUCUGUCGACCCAUCCGCAAUGAUCGGUACCAGCAACACACCCGUUUCCUGCCUCAGCGGAGGCGAUCCCGUUAUUGCCGACCAGUCGCCGCCGCUUAAUGGUCUCGGCCGCAGUCAGUCAGACGACAUCUUCAGCACACCCGGAGGUGACAACGGCUUGAGCGACGAUGCUCUUUGCCUUUCAUCCGAUGUAUACAACAAGUCAAUGAGCAUGGGUUUCCACAGCCCUCUUCCCGACGAGCACAUGGGUUUCGACUCCUCCCUCUCAGACGCUCACUACGACUACAACUCGCCGAUCCCUGCAAACAAGAUGAAUCUGCCUUUCCGCAUGCCCAACGAGACACCUAUGCACCAACAGUCGCCCAACCCUGCGCAGUUGGCUAUGCAUCAAGACUCUGCUAUUGCUUUCCAGUCGCCCACCCACAUGGGCCAUGCUGAUCACGGCCACAACCUUUACCAGACACCGAAAAUCAAUGGUACUGGCAUGUUCCAGGACAGCAAGAUGUACCAAUCGCCGGCCCAGAUGCACGAUUCCAACUUCUCGACGCCGGCCCACCACCCCUCGCAUCUUCAGAACCAUGAUGUAUAUCACAGCCCGAGCUUAGGCCCUAACGACCUCCAUAACCAGCAUGGUGAGGAGAUCGACAUGUCGAGUUUCGUACAGUACGGUACCAUCGAUCCCGCCAGCCUGUAG